CCCGCCCACUCCGGAUCUAACAGCGCAGUGUUUUCAGUUUCGUUUUCUCUGAAAUGUGAAGUGAGUGUAAAGCAGAGAAGACACCCCGAGACACAGCUUUAAUCAGCACUGGCUUUCUAUCUGAAGCUACUGUAGAAGAGUAAAUAAAGAAACUUCUGAUCAUCAUGGCUGAUGAGGAUAUGGAAUGCUCAGACCUUACACAAAAUCCAGCAAAUCCGCUCAGACCACAAGAUCAAGACAAAUCUAUCCAAACCGACACGACCACAAACACACAGGAACCUGAAGAGAUGGACACAUCUUCUUCUUCACCAUCCAGCAGUGGAAAUGAUGCACAUUUCUUCAAGUCGUCAUCUGAUGUUCCUGCACAAUCUUCUGACCAAACUCCUCCAGAACAAACCCAGAAUCAUGAGCAGGACUUGUAUAGAGCAGGUCCAGGAGGAUCAGAUCCUGAGGUUCUUGCUGCUGCUCAGCAGGACUUGUAUAGAGCAGGUCCAGGAGGAUCAGAUCCUGAGGUUCUUGCUGCUGCUCAGGAUAUACACAGAGAUCAGACAAGUCUCUCUGCAGCUUCAGACACUUCUCAGGCCCUGAAUGGAUCAGAUCAGGAAGCACAAAAUUUUGCUGCUGCUGCUGCUGCUGAUGAUGUUAAAGAGACGUCUUCAUCAGCGACUAAGAGUUCUGUUACAACACGGAACAAACCUCCUGAUGAUGAGGAGAAGGCCCUGAAUGGAUCAGAUCAGGAAGCACAAAAUUUUGCUGCUGCUGCUGAUGUUAAAGAGACGUCUUCAUCAGUGAUCAAGAGUUCCGUUACAACACGGAACAAACCUCCUGAUGAUGAGAAGAAGAAUAAGUACCAGACAAGUCUCUCUGCAGCUUCAGGCACGUCUCAGGAUACAGCAGAUAAGAAUGAGUUUCUGACCUCACCCUCAGCACCUCAAGAUGUUUCAUUGGUUCACGUGAAAGUGGACUGGCCAGGAGAACUACCUGAGAAAUGGAGAUUUUAUCUGCAAACAGCUCUUCAGUCCUGGUGUAACUCUGAGAAAACAGUAAACUGCACUGUUAAUGUAGUUCAGCUUUUGGAUGACGGACGCACUGCAGAGGUGGAGGUAACGCCAUCAACUGCUUUAAUUGAUAUAGAAACUGCCACUUUAAUGUUCAAGAAGGUCAACAGAGAAGCCAAAGUCUACUUUCAGAAAGCUGAACCGCAGCCUGGGAAUAAAUCUUUCACUCUGAAGGAAAACAAGAAAGUGACUUCUGAGAGUGAUGCAGGAACAAUUCACAUUUCAAACACGAUGGAUGUAGGAGCUGCUUCUAUUGUCCCAGGACAUGAUGUGAUGUCCAGAGCUUCAGGUGCUCUUACUGUCCCUCCCUUUCUAUACUGCUACCUGAUUCAAGCUUACAAGAAGGAGGUGGAAAAAAUUGAGAAUGUGUUUGGAGUUAAAAUAAAAGCAGAAACAUGUAUUUCAUUCUCCACUGAGAAAACUGAUGAGAAGAAUGGAAGUGAUUCUGUCAGAAGAGCUACUGAGGCCUUUACUGAUCUUUACCAGGCUAAAGCAAAUAAUCUCAAACCUGUUUCCAUUCCUCAAAUACACAUGGAGUCUGAGAUCAUGAAAGAGGUGCUGCGUAAUAUUCCACAUGAAGAGAGAAAGAUCACGUUAAACAUGUCAGCAAACAACCACCUGCUGUUUGGACCAGAAAACAUUACAUCAAUGGUGGAACGUCAUUUAAAUCCGGAUCGAGGUGAUGAAGAAGCAACAUCAUUUAACCACAGCAAGUCACAUAAUAUGGAGACAUCAAGUAAUUGGAUUUCAACACAAAAUACCUUUCAGAGCUUGGACAUGGACAUCAAGGACACUCCCACUGUGAUUGAGAUGGAUGAGGCACACUGGCAGCUGAUGGAGGCUGCAUGUAAGGAACAGAUUAGGAAGAUCCAAAAUAAAUAUGGAGUUGAGUUUCAUGCUGAACCAGUCCAAGGCUCAAUGAAGGUGCUCGCCCUCUCUGUAGGAACUCAUCAGGUCAAUCUUCAAGCUCACGCCCUCAGUGCCUUAACUCGUCUCUACCAAAAGGUAGUCACCUCAGCGGCCACCUGUGAUCUUAAAGAUGCUUCAUACACUGAAACUAGUACACUAGUGUCUCAGGUCUUUGAGAGAAUUCGAUCUCAACACAACUGUGUUGGUGGAGGAGAAAGAAAUGGAAGCUGGAAACUUUUUGGACUGCCAAAGCAUCUUGUUCCUACCAUAGCUGACAUCGAGAAGACUAUUGGACAGCCUGUAUUUGAUGAAAAAAAGAAGAAAAUGCUUGGAUAUCCCUGGAAAUUUCCACAGGCUAGUGGAUUUGAGAGGGAUCAAAUGGAGAUGGAUGUGAUGAGAGGGGCACAUGGCACUGACCUGAGAGCUGGAAGAGAGAAUCCUGAUUUCACCCAAAAGUUCCCAAAUAAAGCAAUAAAAAAUGAUAAAGCAGAAGAAAAUGAAGAUAAAUGUUCAAUUUGCCUGGAUACGUUUACUGAAAAGACAAAACUGGCCUGCGGUCAUGAGUUCUGUAAAGAGUGUCUAAAACUGUCAAUAAAGAGCAGUGGAGAAAUCUGCCCUCUGUGUAAGAAAAUCUUUGGGAAAUUAAAAGGAAACCAGCCUGAUGGACAAAUGCAGGUCAAAUUCAAAGAUACGGACCUCCCUGGAUUUAAACACUGUGGCACAAUUGAGAUUUAUUACAUCAUACCAGACGGCCAUCAGACGAGUGAUCAUCCAAACCCUGGAACACGUUACCAUGGAACUCAUCGCACUGCGUACCUACCGAACAACACUGAAGGAAAGAAUGUACUCACGCUCCUGCAGAGAGCUUUUGAUCAGAAACUCAUCUUUACUGUUGGAAUCUCCAGAACAACUGGAGCAGAUAAUGUGGUGAUCUGGAACGACAUUCAUCACAAGACGAAUAUACACGGUGGACCACAGGGGUAUGGCUAUCCAGACCCUAACUACUUAAAGAGGGUGAAGGAAGAGCUGAAAGCCAAAGGCAUUGAGUGACUGAAUAAAAAUACAGAACUCUGAAUAAAUAUUGUAUUUAUAUCUGGAUUCCUUUAAAAUACUAUUAAAAACAAAAAACAAAGAAGGACACACUGAGAUGAAUGUUAUCUUUAACGCUGUGUGACAUGCCUACUGCAGAUUAUUAAUCAGGUGAUGGAUUGAAUAUUCUCUUUGGUAGAUUUGAUGGAUUUCUUGUUUUCUCUUAAUUCUGAUUUCUGUGUCUGUUGGUUUGGAGGUAAACACAAAUGGUAAUGCAACUUUAUAUAAAUAGUUGGAUUUUGUUUAGAGGUUUCAGAUUGUCUGUGUGAUUAGAUGCUGGAAUGGUGGACUGUCAAAAAAAUUAAAAUAGUAUGGACAAAUGAUAAAAAAAAUGU